UCUGACCCAGGGAUUAAACUCACGUCUCCUGGGUCUCCUGCACUGGUAGGCGGAGUCUUUACUACUGAGCCACCUGGGAAGCAAUAAAGAUCAUAAAAACCAGGUAACUGAACUUUGAAUUAGAGAAGCAAUUGUACCCCAACGUAUAUAACAUUAUAACACUUCAAAAAAGCAAUUCUUAUUCUUUUCUCAUCUCCAUUAAUCCAAUUCUCAAAGGCUGCUAUCUUUGCAAUUUGCCACCAAGAGGUAAUCUCUUUGAGAUUUGUAGUACAGGCAUACCUCACUUUAUUCAGCUUCACAGAUAUUACAUUUUUUACAAAUUGAAAGUUUGUGGCAACCACACCUCGAGCAAGCCUAUGGGCUUCAUUUUCUAAAAGCAUUUGCUCGCCUUGUGUCUCUGUGUUACAUUUUGGUAAUUCUUGCAAUAUUUCAAAAUUUUCAGUAUUAUUAUACUUUUUAUGGUGAUCUGUGAUCAGUGAUCUUAGAUGUUACUAUUGUAAUAGUAAUUUGGAGGGGGGGCACUUUAAACUGUUCUUAUGUAAGAUGGCAAAUUUAAUAAAUGUGUGUGUUCUGACUGCUCUACCAGCUCGCCCCUUCCCCCAUCUCUCUUACUGUCUUCAGGCCUCCCUAUUCUAUGAGAUAAAACAAUAUUGAAAUUAGGCCAAUCAAUAGCCUUACAGUGGCCUCUAAGUAUUCAAGUGAAAGAAAGAGUUGCAUGUCUCUCACUUUAAAUCAAAAGUUAGAAAUGAUUAAGUUUAGUGAGGGAAGAAUGUCUAAAGCCAAGAUAGGUCAAAAUCUAGGGCUCCUGCACCGAAUGGUUAGCAAACAUGUAAAUGCAAAGGAAAACUCCCCAAAGGAAAUUGAAAAUACUACUCCACUGAACACAUAAAUGAUAAGAAGGUGAAACAGACUUAUUGCUGAUAUGAAGGAAGAUCUAGUGGUCUGGAUAGAAGAUCAAACCAGCCACAAUAUUUCCUCAAGCCAAAGCCUAAUCCAGAGCAAGGCCUUGACUCUUCUCAGUUCUGUAUAGGCUGAGAGAGCUGAGGAAGCUGCAGAAGAAAAGUCUGAAACUAGCAGAGGCUGGUUCAUGCGGUUUAAGGAAAGAAGCUGUCUCUAUGACAUCAUAGUACAAGGUGAAGCAGCAAAUGCUGAUGUAGAAGCUGCAGCAAGUUAUCCAGCUGAUCUAGCUAAGAUCACUAAAGAAGGUGGCUAAGCUAAACCACAGAUUUUCACCGUAGACGGGACAACUUUAUACUGGAAGAAGAUGCCACCUAGCACGUUCAUAGCUAGAGAGGAGAAGUCAAUGCCUGACUUCAAAGUUUCAAAGGAUAGGCUGACUCUCUUGUGAGGGACUAAUGCAGCUGGAGACUUUGAAUAGAAGCCAAUGACUAUUUACCAUUCUGAAAAUUUAGGGCCACUAAGAAUUAUGAUAAAUCUGUGUGCUCUAUAAGUGGAACUACAAAGCCUGGAUGUUAGCACAUCUGUUUACAAUAUGAUUUGAUGAGUACUUUAAGCCCACCAUUGCAACCCACUGCUCAGAAAAAGAUUCCUUUCAAAAUAUUACUGUUCAUUGACAAUGUAUCUGGUCACCCAAGAGUUCUGAUGGAGAUGUACAGUGAGAUUAAUGUUGUUUUCAUGUCUGCUAACAAAACAUUUGACCUUCCCAGGCAGCUCAGUGGUCAGUAAAGAAUCUGCCUGCCAAUACAAGAGACAUAGGAGAUGCGGGUUUAGUCCCUGGAUUGGGAAGAUCUCCUGGAGGAGGAAAUGGCAACCCACUCCAGUAUUCUUGCCUGGGAAAUCCCAUGGACAGAGGAACCUGGCAGGCUACAGUCCAUGAGGUCCCUAAGAGUGGACAUGUCUGAUCAACUGAGCAUAGACAGAGACAGAACACAACAUUUAUUCUGCAGCCCAUGGAUCAAGGAUUCAUUUUGACUUUCAAGUCUAACUAUUUAACAAGUACAUUUUGUAAGCUUUUUGCUGCCAUAGACAGUGAUUCCUCUGAUGGACCUGGACAAAGGCACUUGAAAACCUGGAAAGCAUUCACCAUUCUCGGCACCAUUAAGAACAUUUACGAUUCAAGGAAAGAGAUCAAAAUAUCAACAUUAACAGGAGUUUGAAAGAAGUUGAUUACAGUCCUUACAGAUGACUUUGAGGUGUUCAGGACUUUAGGGGAGGAAGUAACCGCAGAUGUGGUGGAAAUAGAAAGAGGACUAGAAUUAGAAGUGGAGCCUGAAUGUGUGAUUGAAUUGCUGCUAUCUCAGGAUGAAACCUGACAGAUGAGGAGUUGCUUCUUAUGGACGAGUAAAGAAAGUUGUUACCUGAGACAGAAUCUACUCCUGGUGAAGGUGCUGUAAAGACUGUUGAAAUGACAACAAGGGACAUAAACGUAAUAUUCAUAAAGCAGGAGGGCUUGAGAGGAUUGACUCUAAUUUUGAAAAAAGUUCUGUGAGUAAAAGCUUAUCAAACCAGCACCACAUGCUACAGUGAAAUCAUUCAUGAAAGGAAAAGUGAAUUGAUGAUGAAAACAUCAAUGUUACUUUAAAAAGCUGCCACAUUCACCCCAGCCUUCAGCAAUCACCACCCAGAUCAAUUAGCAGCCAUUGACAUCAAAGCAAGACUCUCCACCAGCAGAAACAUUAUGACUUGCUGAAGGCUCAGAUGAUGUUCAGCAUUUUUCAGUGAUAAAGCAUUUUAAAUUGAAGAAAAACAAUGUUUUUAUGACAUCAAACUCUGUGCAAAGGAAUGCUGAUCUGAACAGUGCAGAACAAGGUCCUGUGAAACAUUCUGAGCUUGUUCUAAGACCUGCUAUUUUGCAGCCGCCUCAAGCUCAAGGGUACAUAAAACUGAGAAAGUCAUUUGGACACAAUGUGUUGGAAUCCUGUAAGGUUAAAGAAAAAAACAAAAGUAAGAUUUAUGAGGGGAACUCCUAUUUGCUAAGUGAAAACUUACCAAGUGCCAGAUUUUCAAUCCAGCUAUCUACUAACCAGAAUGCUUUAGGUACUACAUCACUACAAUGUCAACCAAAUGAAGAUAAAUAUUCUAUGAAAAGCUGCAGUUCUGAUUUUGUUUUUGGAGAAAACAUGGUAGAAAGAGUUUUGGGUACUCAAAAACUCACUCAGCCUCAACUCGAAAGUGAUUCAUACAUCAAGGAAAAACCAUUCAAAUUCACUCUAAAAAUUCCUAUCAACUCUCCAAACUCAAGAACAGACACUAUUGAAAAUAUAUCCCUAAUUGAAUCAGCUACUGCUUUCUCUUUUAAACCAUCACCAAAAUGUUUGCUGGAGAAAAUUGAUGUUAUAACUGGGGAGGAGGCAGAACACAAUGUGUUAGAGAUCAACUGCAAGCUUUUUAUAUUCAACAAAACAACACAGUCCUGGACUGAAAGGGGCAGAGGAGCUUUGAGACUGAAUGACACAGCAAGCAGUGAUUGCGGAACGUUCCAGUCAAGAUUAAUUAUGCGCAAUCAAGGCAGCCUGAGGCUGAUUCUCAACAGCAAACUCUGGGCUCAGAUGCAGAUUCAAAGAGCAAAUCACAAAAAUUUACAAAUAACAGCUACCGAUUUAGAAGACUAUAACGUCAAAGUGUUUUUAAUUCAGGCCAGUGCCAAAGACACAGGACGUCUGCAUGCAGCCAUCCAUCACCGUCUUGUUGCACUUCGAAGCUUCGACAAGCAGACAGAUGCAAAUCAAACUGAAAGCCAGUCAGAGACAGUUCUCCAACAGUUCAACUAUGAUAGCUGUGACGAGGAUGAAGAGGAUCUCAUCCAAGCUACUAAAACUAGAUCAGAUUCUUCUAGGUGGACCCACAGACAGUCGGUUGCCUGUUCAUGAGUACUGCUAUGAACAUGACAACAUCUACAAAGAAAACACGUCAUUGAGAAAAAUCACCUUACUGAAAAAAACUAAACCAUCCUAAUCACUAAAUGAGAAGAUCCUAUUCAUUCCUUGAAUGAUUUAACAGAAAAAUUUAAGAAAUAUAAUUUGUUGCAAUUAAAAUGUUUCUCUCAUGUAGUAUAAUAAUUAUGAGGUUUUAUAUUUUGAUUAUUGUGAAGAAAAUGGCAGACUUUAAGAAACACAUGGCCUAUGAAAGUUCAAAAUUUAUCAUUUUAAAAGAAGUUAAUUUAGAAUAAUAUUUGAUUACUAAUUUGGACUAUUCAUCACACUGAUGGAUACAAUAGUUAAUACUGUAAAUUGCUGGAUUUGAUAAAUAUCUCACUAAGGUAUUUAUUUUUCAGUCAUAUAUUGUCUAGCCAUAAAACAUAUUUUACAAAAGUUCCAGAGUCAUUUCUUUGAAAAACAUUAUAACUGCAUGAUAACAUGUUAUUCUAUCAUGUUUUUUCUUAUGGGAAAUGUACGUUUUCAUUUAACCUUUGGAUUCCCUAAUUCUAUAAGAUUAUUUAUUCAUGGUGUAAAUUCUUUUAAAGAGAAUAUCUAUUCUUGCAUUUAUGUCUAUUGCACUUUAAUAUAUGCUUGACUCAAGGUCAGUAUCCAAUUUUUGUUGAAGGAAUGAGCAAAAUACAUUACCUAUGUAUUAAAAUAGUAAGUAUACAAAAACUGAAAUAUGUUAAUGUGUUCUUUGCUUUAACUUAUAUAAUUAAAUUUCCAUUAAUAUUCUAGUAGGUGUGGCUGUACAAAGACUUGAAAAAAACCAAAUAUAUCAUAUGUAGACAAAUUAAUUUUUUUUUAAAUGCCAUUAUUAAGGUAAGCCACAGUAAUUUCAAUAAUUUCACACAACAGAAUUUUGAUGCUUUUCCUUUGAGAUGUGUUUCAGAGACACUUUAGGAGUAAACAAGAAAAUCAGCAUCACUACUUAUGGCCACAUGGCAUUUUUCAAUCCAGUAUGAUCACCCCAUGGCAUCAAAAUGACUUCUGAGUAUCUCCCCUAAACAAUACUCCUUUAAGGGCAUCUUAAUCUCCUCAAGCUUCCAUAACAAAACCACAAAUUGGGUGACUUAGACAACAGAAAUUUAUUUUUCACUGUUUUAGAGGCUGGGAAGUCUAAAAUCAAGAUGCUGGCAGGUUGGUUUCAUCCUGAGACCUCUCCUCUUGGCUUGUAGAGUUACCUUGGUAGGGUCUACCACCUCACAUGACCACUUUCUUGUGGGAGCACAGGGAGUGAGUGGGGAGAAAAAGAGAGCAAGUUCUUUGGUGUCUCUUUUUAUAAGAACACUGAUCACAUUAGACCAGGGCCCUACCCUCAUAAUCUCUUCUAACCCUCAUUACCUCCUAAAGCCCCAUCUCCAAAUAUCACUACUUUGUAAGUAGCCUUCAACAGAUGAAUUUUGAAAGAACACAAACAUUUAGUCCAUAAUGAGAAAUAAUUCACACUUACAAAAUUAUUUCUUAAAAUGUUCUAAAAAAAACUUGGAAUAACAUUACAGCUUCAUUUCUUUGUUGGAGAAUAAUAUUCAUUUGGAAAUAUACAUUUGAAUAUACUUUUUUCAAAAAAAAAGCUACAUUAU